CCCAGCUUCUUAACAAUGAUACGGGUGCCCAUUAUUCAGUUUAAGGCCCAACAGUCCCCAGAUUGGGCUCAACUAUUUUCACUUAGACCAAACAAAACAAAGAACCCUAACCCUAGUUCUCGGCAACGCAUCAACUUCAUUUCACCCUCUGAGAAGCGCAGGAGUUCAUCUGUUUUUUUCAGCUCAGCCGCCGUGCUUGUCCUCUCUCCACCUCCGGAAGAACCAAAAGGAAUGGCGUAUGCAGCGAUGAAGCCGACGAAGCCUGGGUUAGAGGAGUCCCAGGAGCAGAUUCACAAGAUCCGUAUAACAUUGUCCUCAAAGAACGUGAAGAAUUUGGAGAAAGUGUGUGCUGAUUUGGUACGUGGUGCCAAGGACAAAAGACUCAGGGUCAAGGGACCAGUGAGGAUGCCAACUAAGGUUCUUCACAUCACUACUAGGAAGUCUCCUUGUGGUGAAGGUACAAAUACUUGGGAUCGGUUCGAACUGAGGGUUCACAAGCGGGUGAUCGACCUUUUCAGUUCCCCAGACGUUGUUAAGCAGAUCACUUCAAUUACUAUAGAACCUGGCGUAGAGGUUGAAGUUACCAUAGCGGAUUCUUAGGCAUCCAAAAAUUACAUGUUAUUUCAGCUUUUGUCACUUGAGUUCAAGCCUCUGCUAUUUACAAUUUUGAUGUCAAAGACUAUUUUAGAAAGGGAUGUGCGUAUUUGUUGAUUUCUGUUGAGAGCAUAUUACUUUUGAACGCUGCCACAUGCAACUUCAAUUUACGUGAUGUCCAUUAUUCUCGUGGCA